CUUCUACUAACAUUGAUCUUGUAUGCAGUACAAAUUAUCAGUCUAAAACUGGCCUACCAUAUCCAUUAGUGGGAUCAGCUAAGGAUUAUGGAGUCAACUUCAUACCUAAUUACAUCACUGACUUCAGUUGUCCAGCUGAUAGCUCUUAUGCUGAUAGUUCUUGCAAUUACACCACUAACACACAGUCUUGUGCUGGCUAUAGUGGACCUAGUAUUGUCACUUGUAUUAAUGGUCCUGAUGAUUGUGGUUCUGGUAAUAUUCAAAUCCAACAAGGUUCUUAUGGUUAUGGUCAUCUCAACAACAAUCAGUACCUUGUCACUGGCUAUCCUCAAAUCUGUGUUACUUAUGAUUACAUACCAAUAUGUAGAGAUGGAGUGAGUGAAGAGGAACUCCGUUAUAUUUGCUAUAGGACUGGAUAUUAUGGGUAUACCCUUGGUCCAGUGAUAGGUUCUGAGUCUAACUUUACAGCUCCUAAUAGUACUUAUUCAGCCACUAAUCUCUCCUGUCCUGUAUUCAGUGAGUAUGAUAACUGCAACUACACAACCUUUAAUGGUAACUGUGACACUAGAGGUGGUCCAAUAUUACUUACCUGCUUACAAGUUCCUAGUGUUUGCCGUCAUGGAGAUGUAAGAAUUGUAGAUGGUCCCAAUAAUUAUACUGGUCGACCAGAGUUUUGUUACUUUGGAACAUGGAGGAGCAUCUGUGGAAUUGGGUUUGAUCUUUAUGAUGCUGCAGUCACUUGCUCUCUUGCCGGAUUCAAUCAUGAUUUGGCAAGGAAUUUGUCUGCUGGUAGUUAUGGUUACAAUAAUCUCCCUCCUGUACUGGCUGGCCUGCAGUGUACUGGUAAAGAAGGAUCAUUCUCUAAUUGUACUCCAAUCAAUGGAGAUCUCUUGAGUUCUUGUAACUACACUCAAGCAGCUGCUGUGGCCUGUGAACCUGUCAUUCUUGCUAUCAAUACUACAAUCAAUGGUACUGCUACACUUGGUCCUAACACUAACUUAACAUUGACUUGUACACUGGACUAUCAAUUCUUGUCUGGUGACUUCCAGUUAAACUCUAUUGGUUGGUAUCGUAAUGGUGCUCGUCUUUCUUCAGUUUCUGGUCGUUACAAUCUCACAGAGUCUGAGGUGGAACAGUAUAGGUGUCGUUAUUAUGGUUAUUAUGGUUGUGAUAAUGAAACUGUUGCAGUUCGUCUGGUGUUAGCAUUUGAGAACCUCAUGCUGUCUGAUGCUGGAGAGUAUGAUUGUCGUGUUAAUUUGACUGAUUUUAAUGUGUCAAGAACAGUUGUUAACAGCACCACAGAGACACUAAAUAUAAUACGUGAUGGCACAUCUUCUACAAGUUCCGUUAUUGUCUCUACUUCUGUCAGUACUGAGGUAUUCUCAUCAACAAUUGAACCUUCUACUACUUCUGUCAGUACUGGAGUAUUUACAUCAACAAUUGAACUUUCUACUACUUCUGUCAGUACUGAAGUAUUUUCAUCAACAAUUGAACCUUCUACUACUUCUGUCAGUACUGAAGUAUUCUCAUCAACAAUUGAACCUUCUACUACUUCUGUCAGUACUGGAGUAUUCACAUCAACAAUUGGACCUUCUACUACUUCUGUCAGUACUGAAGUAUUCUCAUCAACAAUUGAACCUUCUACUACUUCUGUCAGUACUGAAGUAUUCUCAUCAACAAUUGGACCUUCUACUACUUCUGUCAGUACUGGAGUAUUCACAUCAACAAUUGAACCUUCUACUACUUCUGUCAGUACUGAAGUAUUUUCAUCAACAAUUGAACUUUCUACUACUUCUGUCAGUACUGAAGUAUUCACAUCAACUACAUCAUUCUCCUUUUCUUCAUCUGUCUCUAUCUCUGCCUCAUCAUUCUCAGUUACUCCUACUCCAUCAUCCACUCCUGCUGUUGGUGAACCAUGUUACUCAACUAAUAAUGCUAGGUUUGGUAAUGCAAGCAGGUUUACUUUCUAUCCUGGAUCUCAGUCUGUAUAUACUGGUCGUGUUGAGGUCUGUCCUCGUUCAAGGGUGUACACUCCUGUCUGUAAUGAUGCUAUUAAUGACCAGUUUGCUUAUGCUUUCUGUCGAAGAAUUAAUUACAAUUCUUACCCAGUCUAUGAAUUAUUAAUAGGAACAGAGAGUGACUACAGUGUUUACAAUACUACUAGUGUCAUUACAAACAUCACUUGUAGCUAUUCUUCACUUUCUAGCUGCACAUAUACAACUGAUUCAACCAAUUGUUCUAGUUAUGGUGGAGUAGCCAUCUUCUCUUGCAGAGAAAAUGUCACUACUAGUACAUCAGAAUGCAGUGAUGGUAACUCAGUAAGACUAUUGAACUACACUAGAGUUUAUAACCGAUAUGCUGAUUUUGAAACAGUAUCCAGUGGUCGUGUAUCUGGUUGUGUGAAUUCUCAAUAUGUUGACAUUUGUGCUGAUGGUAAUUCUGAUCUUGAGGCUAUUGCUCAGAGGGCAUGUAAUGACAGGGACUAUAAUUCAAGAGCUACAAUAAUACCAUGGACAUCUGACUACUCCAUGAGUUCCAGUGGUAUUGUUUUACGUAAUGUCAGCUGUGGUAGUGAUGUAUAUUCACUUCAAGGCUGUACCUAUGAAAUAUCUAAUAUAACAGAGUGUCCAUCAGGUAUACUAGCAGUCACUUGUGAAACCACCUGUAGUAAUGGUCGAACUAGAAUGGUUAAUGAAAGGGUUGAGUAUACUUCUAAUGGCAGUGCUAGAGUGUCUGGCAGAUUAGAGAUUUGUAUUAAUCGUGAUUGGGUAUCUGUUUGUGAUGAUGACACACUCAGUGAACCACUAGCUGAUAUUGCCUGUAAUUCAAUAGGCAAUGGAUUCAAUAGUGGUGUUUUCUUACCAUCUAAUACAUCAUUGUAUGGAUCGAAUGAUAGAGUAUACACUAACUUUACCUGUGAAUUUGGUGAUUGGACUUCAUACAUAUAUAAUUGUAUAAAUGAUGCAAGACCAGCUAAUGAUAGUGCAGAGUGUGUGAAUAAAAAUGCUGUAAUACAGUGCUUUAGACCAUCUCGUAGCUGUUAUUCAUCAUAUCAGAGUCUAUACUAUUCUUCAUUUAUCACUACUGCUGAUGGUCGUUAUGGUUUCAUUGGUAGAAUAUCUACAUGUAUCAAUAUGCAAGAAGCAGUAUACUGCAAUAACACUAUAACUUCUUCUAACAUUGAUCUUGUAUGCAGUGGAAAUUAUCAGUCUAGAACUGGCCUACCAUAUCCAUUAGUUGGAUCAGCUAAGGAUUAUGGAGUCAACUUCAUACCUAAUUACAUUACUGGCUUCAGUUGUCCAGCUGAUAGUCCUUAUGCUGAUAGUUCUUGCAAUUACACCACUAACACACAGUCUUGUACUGGCUAUGGUGGACCUAGCAUUGUCACUUGUAUUAAUGGUCCUUAUAGUUGUGGUUCUGGUAAUAUUCAAAUCCGACAAGGUUCUUAUGGUUCUGGUCGUCUCAACAACAAUCAGUACCUUGUCACUGGCUAUCCUCAAAUCUGUGUUACUUAUGAUUACAUACCAAUAUGUAGAGAUGGAGUGAGUGAAGAGGAACUCCGUUAUAUUUGCUAUAGGACUGGAUAUUAUGGGUAUACCCUUGGUCCAGUGAUAGGUUCUGAGUCUAACUUUACAGCUCCUAAUAGUACUUAUUCAGCCACUAAUCUCUCCUGUCCUAUAUUCAGUGAAUAUGAUAACUGCAACUACACAACCUUUAAUGGUAACUGUGACACUAGAGGUGGUCCAAUAUUACUUACCUGCUUACAAGUUCCUAGUGUUUGCCGUCAUGGAGAUGUAAGAAUUGUAGAUGGUCCCAAUAAUUAUACUGGUCGACCAGAGUUUUGUUACUUUGGAACAUGGAGGAGUAUCUGUGGAAUUGGGUUUGAUCUUUAUGAUGCUUCAGUCACUUGCUCUCUUGCCGGGUUCAAUCAUGAUUUGGCAAGGAAUUUGUCUGCUGGUAGUUAUGGUUACAAUAAUCUCCCUCCUGUACUGGCUGGCCUGCAGUGUACUGGUAGAGAAGGAUCGUUCUCUAAUUGUACUCCAAUCAAUGGAGACCUCUUGAGUUCUUGUAACUACACUCAAGCAGCUGCUGUGGCCUGUGAACCUGUCAUUCUUGCUAUCAAUACUACAAUCAAUGGUACUGCUACACUUGGUCCUAACACUAACUUAACAUUGACUUGUACACUGGACUAUCAAUUCUUGUCUGGUGACUUCCAGUUAAACUCUAUUGGUUGGUAUCGUAAUGGUGCUCGUCUUUCUUCAGUUUCUGGUCGUUACAAUCUCACAGAGUCUGAGGUGGAACAGUAUAGGUGUGGUUAUUAUGGUUAUUAUCGUUGUGAUAAUGAAACUGUUGCUGUUCGUCUGGUGUUAGCAUUUGAGAACCUCAUGCUGUCUGAUGCCGGAGAGUAUGAUUGUCGUGUUAAUUUGACUGAUUUUAAUGUGUCAAGAACAGUUGUUAACAGCACCACAGAGACACUAAACAUAAUAGCUGGACCACAAUUAAUCUCUAGUCCUCAGAACUACACUGUUAUUAAUGGAAGCAAUGUUAUGUUUAACUGUUCAUUUACAUCAGAGCUAAUGAUGACAGCACAAUGGUACUAUGCAUCACUGACUGGUACUACUAAUGGCAGUCCACUGACAAGUGGAGUUAGACUAGUUGUUAGUCCAACAGUUUAUAAUGGAGUCAAUCAGUAUAGUACCAGUUUGAGCAUUAACACUGCUAUGGUACCAGAUAUUGGUGUGUAUCAAUGUGUAGGAAGUUCUACUAAUGGAAUAGCUACUGGAUAUGGAUCUCUUAUAGUACUAGUUGCUGGUACGAUUGAUGUCACUGCAGUAGCUCAGUCAAUAGAAGAAGGGAACACACUAACACUUACAUGCACUGUAUCAAGCAGCUAUCCAGAAGUAUCAACCUUCUCUUGGUUCAGGGGUAGUAGCCUAAUCACAUUAACUAACCGUGUUACAAUAAGCACUGGCUCCACUAUUGAUACUAGCACUGGACUCUAUACUAGUACAAGUCAAUUGAUGAUACAAAACACAUUGACUGGUGAUAGUGGUCAGUAUUUAUGCCGUGUUCCUCCUGUGUUUUCUCUACCAAGCCUAUUGGACCGUAUUGCUGUUUCAAUAACACCAAGGAAUGAGUGUAUUAUUGAUGGUGGAAGCACUCCAUGUGUCAAUGGAUAUUGUGUUGAUGAAGUGAAUGAUUAUUAUUGUGUCUGUCCUGAUAAUUUCUUUGGAAGAAACUGUGAAACACCAGUUGUAAUCAAUUCUGCUCCUGUAAUUGUGACUCCUCCAAUGGAUCAAGAUGUUCCACUAGGAAGUCUUGUCAACUUGACUUGUGUAGCAACAGGUGCUCCACAGCCAGUCAUCACUUGGUAUUUAGAAGGGACUCUUAUACCUGGAGCCAACUCACCAAUCUACAUUAUUGAUAGCAUUCAGCCUGCUCAGAGAGGAACUUAUUCUUGUAGAGCUAUGAAUAGUGAAGGAAUGGUUCAAGCUACUGCAACAGUUACUAUUAAUGAUAUCAGGCAAUACGUUACAACACUAACAGCUUCCUCGAGUCGAAAAAGACAAGUACAGUUGCCUCCUGCUAUUGAAGCAGUUUAUAAUCAAACUCGUGAUACUCUUGUUGGUAAUGAACUUUCACCUGGUAGUGGUAUAAUAGUUGCUGACAUUACAUAUGCCCUUGCGAGUGAUGGUGCUGGUGUCUUAUUUAUCUUCACUCUACGAGUUCCUCCAAUGGCUAAUACUGAUGGAAUUACAAACUCACUGAAUGCUCUUACUGCUGAUAUUGCUGCAAAUUAUCCUGGCAUUAGCUUCUCUCCAGUUAUGAGAUUUGAUGGUUGUUCUCCUGAGACACUACCAGUGACUGCUGGUAGUUCAUUGAAUAUAAUGUGGCCUGAGGUUGAUGUCCGUGUUGUUGCAAGACCAAUCUGUCCCUGUGGAGAUAUUACAACUAAUUUUGGAGCUGUAGGAAUAAGAAGAUGUAAUGGUACGUUCAGUGCCCCUGCUGUAUGGUUAACUCCUAAUACUACUCAAUGUAUUUUUGACCAAACUACUACCAGACUCUGUCAGCUAUCAAUGAAUGAUAAUGCAGAAGAGGUUGCCACACAAUUGACUAACAUCACUACUAAUACUCAAGAGAUUGAUCCUGUUGAUAUUGGCCUCAUUGGUACGCUAGCUGAAGAGGUUGCUGAAGAUGCAUCUGAUCCCGAAGUUUUGGAUUCACUAAUGAGCACAAUGAAUAAUAUCCUUGAUGCACCAGAUUCUGUAUUGGAGGAGAGUCAGCAAUCUAGCAAUGGAUCACAAAGGAUUGUCAAUGUAAUUGAGGCCAUGGCAAGGACUGCAAAUAUCACAAGAGGUGGCUCAGUGACUGUAGUUAGACCUAAUGUAGCUAUUGAAGCUCAGGCAGUCGAAGCUUCUACAUUUAAUGGUGCUGAAUUCUCUAUUGGCACAACUUCAACGGGAACACUGGAUGAGAACACCACCUCUUCAUCAACCAAUGUUAAUUCAGUAUCCAUACCACCUACUCUUUUAACAAAUGUUGGUGUGAAUGGCUCUGCUAGAAUUGGUUUCUCUGCGAUUACUAAUAGUAAAUUAUUCCAACCGAGAGAUACAAGUAGUAAUACUCCUCCUGUACGUGUUGAGUCUAUUGUCCUCUCCAUUGAUAUCUACAUUGAUGGAGGAUCACGUGUUACUGUACAAGAACUCAGUGAUCCGAUAACACUCUCAUUCACUAUCACUCUGAACACAGGCUCGUCACGCAGGAGGCGCCAGGCAACUCCAAGCAAUACCAUAUCUGAGUGUGCUUUCUGGGAUACUACUAGCUUCACUUGGUCUACUACUGGUAUAACUACUGUCCCUACAGCUACUGGUGUCAAUUGCAUUGUCACUCAUUUAUCAAGUUUUGCUGUUGUACAGAGGGAUGCUCCUGUUUCAUCUUCAACCACACCAACACCGACUCCUACUGGUGUUACUCCUCCUACUGAACCAGUUACUGAAGAAUACAGUCCUGAGCCAAUACUCUUUAUUGGUCUCAUCAUUUCUAUAGUAUUAAUUCUGGUUGCUGUUAUUGGUCACCUAGCAUCAGAUGCACAGCGUCAUUGUCCAGAGGGUAGAUUGCUAGCUACAUCUCAUAUAACACUCAUAAUACUCUACUUUGUCUUUGUAUUGGCUACUGCUGCUACAUACACUGAUUCAACUGGUUUCUGCGGUACAUUUGCUGGAUUGUUCCAUUACUUCAGUUUGGUCUACUUUGUCUGGCUAAUGUUUGAAGGAUUGUUUUAUGCUGUUAAACUUCGUAUGGGAAUUGGUGGCAAUGCUUUCACCCGCCACUACUUUAUUGUGUCAUUGGUUUUUGCACUAAUAUUGCCUGCUGUCAUUGUUAUUAUUUCUGCUGCUCUUGGAUAUAAU